AAGUCCACAGUCAAAAAGCAGGAUCCCCCAUGAGGGGGUCCGUCUCUUUACCUGCCUUGCUUGAAGAGAAAGUAACAUGUCCGUCAUAAGCGCGCAGCCAGCGUAUGAUCCUCUCCCCUUCUCGAGCUCAGAAACCGGUCGCCGGAAUCUGUCGAGGUCGCUGGAAUAUUCUUGAGCUGUAAAGGUAGGAAAAUGGAGGGACGUUUAGUGCCCAGAGUGGCUGUGGCAGUGUUCGUGGUUCGCGACGGGGAACAGGUCCUCCUCGGGAGGCGGCUCUCCUCCAUCGGUGAUUCCAGUUUCGCUCUUCCCGGCGGUCAUCUCGAGUUCGGUGAGAGUUGGGAGGAAUGUGCAGCAAGAGAGGUGAAGGAAGAAACGGGGUUAGACAUCCACAGGGUGGAGUUCCUGAAGGUGACUAACAACGUGCUCCGGGACGAAGUCAGGCCUGCACACUAUGUGACCAUACUGAUGCGAGCAGUUCUGGUGGAUGAAGCGCAGUCAACACCCCAAAAUCUGGAGCCGGAGAAGUGUGAAGGUUGGGAUUGGUACAAGUGGAGUGAUCUACCAAAGCCCCUCUUCGGACCCCUGGCUCUUCAAGUUCAGAGCGGCUUUAGCCCUUUCUUAUGUCACUCUUGAUAGCAACAGCUUUCCUCUUAUUUUCCUGUCCUUUUUGAAGGUGGUGUGCUCCUUUAUUUGUAAAAAUGGUAAAAGAAAAAAUGGAAACAGUAGGAAAUAACGAGAAUGGAAAACGAUGAGCAAGCUAGUCUUGCACUUACCACAGAAUAUUGUGUCCUUGGUUCCUCCUGUUUUCUCUUUCUGUGUUGCUCCUUUUAGGCUUUGACCGCAUGGAUUAUAUAAGUUGUCUACCUCAUCUUUUUUCA